AUGAGUAACCAAACAAGAACAUUAAAAGCCAUCAAGUUUGACAGGGAUAACAUUAAAUUAGAAAUAUUGAACCAGUUGGUUUUACCUUACGCAACAACAUACAUCCCAAUCACUGCAAUUGAAGAUGCUUACAAUUCAAUCAAGUCCAUGCAAUUGGAUUAUUUGAUCAGUUCACGUCCUACAGCUGUCAAUUUAGCCAAUGCAAUCAACGAUAUUAAAGAGAUCUUGGCGGGUUAUGAUGCCACUCAAAAGGUGAAUGAAGAGAUAUACAAACAGAUCUUAGACUACGCUGUUAAGUUGUAUGACGAAGAUUUAGCGAAUAACUUCAAGAUCGGUGAAAAUGGAUUAAAGUACAUAAAAGAGUCGUUGAAGGAGGAAAAUUUUGAAGGACCAUUUUCCAUAGUCACUAUUUGCAACACUGGGUCAUUGGCCACUUCAGGGCAUGGUACGGCGCUUGGAAUUAUUCGCUCGACUUAUCAAUCAUUGAGCAAGAAAAGUUCUGGUGAAAAGUUUUAUUUGGAAAAAGUCUAUCCUUUGGAGACAAGACCGUACAAUCAAGGAGCGAAAUUGACCACUUACGAAUUGGAUUACGAAAAGAUCCCCUUCACUUUAAUUUGUGACAAUAUGGUGUCCUCAUUAAUAAACACAUUGAAUUCCAAGUCUAAAGCUCCUGUCAAAUUCAUUAUUGCUGGUGCAGACAGAAUUGUUGAAAAUGGUGACACUGCAAACAAGAUAGGUACUUUCCAACUAGCCACUAUUGCCAACUACUUCAACUCCACCCAAAACACAAACAUCAAAUUCAUUGUUGCUGCUCCAAGAACCACAAUUGAUUUGAAAACUAAGCAAGGCUCAGAAAUCAAGAUUGAAGAGAGACCAAAACAUGAAUUGACAACCCUUGUUGGCCCUCAAUUAAAAGAGGGGGACGAUGUAGGAGACAAAGUCACUGUGGGAAUUGCUACACCGGGAAUCGACGUCUGGAACCCGGCUUUCGACGUGACCCCACAUUCAUUGGUUGAUGCAAUAGUCACAGAGAACACCAAGGUUUACACAAAAGACCUGAAUGGUAAAUUCAACCUUGCUAAUUAG